GCCAUACCCAGUGGGCGUCUUAUCGCCCACGACGAUCAAUGUUCUCAGGCGGAACGGCGCCUAAUCUACACGCACCAUCCUCAUGGCCUGCCUAAUCAUGGGCUCUCAAGGCUUCGCCCAAGGCUCGACGCUCGUCGAGUUACCUUGGAGCGUCUGCUGGCGCAGAUCCUAGGCAGCGGUCGUCCGCGGACACGACCACCAAUACACCCGCGACUGCCUACACUCCGACUCAUCCAUCGUUCAUCAGCCCGACCGCGGGCGCACGCUCUCCCACGUGAAGAUUUGCUGAGACCAGGGGCGCCCCCUGUGCACGAUGACUAGUGCGGACGACGGCGGCGGAGGCAGCAAGUACGCAAGAUGGAUCCCCAGUCCGUCGCCUGCGGGCUCUCGGGAUUCGAUGAUGCCAAGUAUCGUCGGAAGCUUAAAAGUGGACGUGGACAUUGCAGCCCUGCUCGGGCAGGAUGCAGCUGACGCUCUCCUCGAUCGUACUGCCGAAAGCUCAGAGCGUGUCAUCCCUCAGUCCUCCCGCACGCAAGCCCAUGCGUACCCAAACACCAAGUCGAGCCACGCCAGUAUAUCCACUGCACAUAAAGCUGCGACGUGGUUACCGAUCGCGAGGUCGGCUUCCAGCGGACCCGCCGCCGCUUCACCUCUUGACCUCUUCCCGAGCGUGGAGGACGCAAGCUCGGACUCGGAUCCCUCAUCAUCAUCCCCUUCUGUGGCAGCACCCGCGCCUUCAGCGCCUGUACCCCUUCCCAUACCAGCAGAGACUCUCGAACCCGAAGAAGCGUGGAAAGGCCGCCUUCGAUACCAGAUCGAACGCAGCAUGCAGGGCAUGGUCGACGAAGUCCGCGCCGAAUACGAGUCUCGCCUCGCGUCCGUCGCCUCGUCCUCUUCCUCAACGUCGCCCUUCUCCGCCACCCACGCCUCGCAACGCGCGGCCGCCAAAGCGGAGUACGACGCCGCGAUGGCGAACAUCGUUCGCUCCGCGCAGUCCCAGUUUGACCUCGCGCUCGAGCGCGAGCGCCAGGAGCGGCGCUGGGCCGCCGGGGGUGAAGUCGACGCCGAAUGGCAGGCGCACUUGGUGGCCGAGCAGCAGGCGAUCAGGGAUCUGAUCGCGCGCGAGAAUCAGGGGCCUCAGGCUGGAAAGGAAGAACAAACUCGAGCAGGAGGAUCGGGAGCGAAGCCGGGGCCGUCGAGGACCUUCCAACGCCCACACGACAAGGUGCCGUGGUCGAGCAACAGCGCGAUCCGUGCCCGCACGCUGUCGAAUCCAGAUCCGAGGGCUCUGGAUGGCUUGCUUCGGGCACCACCAGCACAGCUAUCAUCGAGCAGUUCCGGUGCUCGAGGGACUGACUUGUGGAUGCCGGGAGGGAUGCCUUCUGAGCCGAUGACUACGCGACGGCCUGCAUCAGCGCAGCCCGCUGCGCCAGUGUCUAAGCCGCCAUCGAACUCGAACAUCAAAGGCAUGUGGGGUCACGACGUCAUUUACGAGCAUAACGAAGACUCGGAGCAGUCUGACGAAGGCGAGUCAGAAUCCGAGCUCUCCGAGCCCUUCCCUGGGGAUAUGAGCGAAGGCCAGUCAGACGCGUACGCUGGCAAGCGCCCACUUGCCCGCCCUCAGGUGGAGGACGAGAAGCAGUGGCGUCGUGCAGACGUUCCCUCCCGCUCGCAGACCGCCGCACAGUACUCCCGCAAUGGCUUCGUACCUUCAAGCGCGGGUGGUAGGCCUCCUCUAGUGGCACCCACUCCCUCCCGGAUAUCGUCGACUGCUCAGGGAAGGCAGCAACAAUCUCUGCUUAGCGCAAGCAGACCUAUUCCCACCCCGUCGGGCAAGCCGAGUCCCAGCCCGCUUCCAGGAAUGGGUACCAGCCCGUACUCGGGAGCACUCCACAGCCCUGCACCUAGACGGUCGGUAGCACCAGGCGCGCCCGCGUUCAACGCAAACUCGGCUCAACAGCCUACUCCAGGGCCAGGCAACAGUGCCUCGUCAUCAUUCCCGAGGAAAACGCCUUCGAUGGAACAGCAGCCACGGUGGAUACCGCAGGGUCGACCGACGUCACGAUCCAGAGCCGGUUCUUACGGCAACGCAGGGAAUCCGAGUCCCAGCCCGGGUGGCGGAGAUCCGAGGCUCUACGCUCAUGAUCCCGCUGUUACUGAGAAUCGGCCGGGGUCGGGUACACCUGGCGCGCGGCCGUGGAUCCGGGGCCAGGGGUUAGGCGCGAAGUCGACAAAUGCGAUGCAUCAGACAAACCGGUCGAGCAGCCGGUCAGGGCGAGGGCCCAGCGCGCGCCCGGCGGACGGGGAGGACGACGGCUACGACGGCGCCCUGGGUGAUAUAAUGGAGCUCGAGUUCGUUCGAGAGCUGGAGUGGAGGGAGCAGCAGGUGAAGCAGAAGGAGGAAGAGCUGCGGACGCUGGAGACGGAGCUGCGGCGAAAGGUGGAGGCGGCGAAGCGGUGGGAAGAGGAUGCGCGGAUCCGUGAGGAGAACGCGAGGCUGGGCGAGGAGGAGGUCAAGCGGAAACAGGCCGAGUUGAAGCAGAGGGAGGAGGACCUGGGCCGGAGGGAAGCGAUGGCGCUCCAACAAGAGGAAUAUCGACUGUUGGAGGAGGAGAACAGGCGUCGCGCGGCGGAGAUGCAGGAGCGGGAACGGAAGAGGAUGCAAGAUAGUAUGAGCCCCGCUCCUCCGCCAAGAUCGACAUCGGCGAUGGCUUCUGCCUCAAUGACAGCGAGCGCACCCUGGUCAACCUUCUCGCCUACGUCAUCGUCGUCUACGGCCGCUGCAACGCGCGCUGUUACUUCUCCGCCUCCGCGAGCCGACGCCACCGGACUCGCGGGGACCUCAUCUCCCCCACCUACACAGGGUGCUCGCAGUCGCGGCGGCAGUGCGUCGAGCGCGCGCAAGUCGGCAUGGAGCACGUGGACAUCGCAGCCCUCGACGUUGAAUCGCACUACUACGCCCAUGCUGCCCACCGCUCCGACCAAUCGAACCUAUACAAGUUCGCCGAGCUGGAACAAGGCCGGCACUUCGCGCGCCUACUCCCAUGCAACAACGCCGACGCCGCAGCCUACCGCAAACGCGAUGUCGGGCCGAUGAUUGCCCUGACCAUUGCGUCCAAAAGAAUGUCAUGUUUUACCUGCGGCGGCAAAUCAUCGAACGCGGCCAACGGGAGAGGUGACGUGAAUUCUGCAGAACACAGAUGUCCAGGAAACAUGAUCUGUAGUUUCGACAUUGCUGUUCACGCUGUCCGCACGCAUGUGCCGACGUGUUUUGGUGUAUAUGACGAUCCUGGAAAAACUCGAAAUGUCGAGGCCAGUGAACCGGCAAUGACUCAUUCUCCCAGGACACAGUGAAGUUGCUGCAAGCCGCGGACCGGGAGAUUAUUCAGCAAGGCACCCCUGCGAUGAAUCGAAGCACAGCGUUCAACAAUCCUGAGUCGAGUUGGUCAGACCGACCAUCCGUUAAGUUCAACAUCGUCACUGCACGCGAUGCUGAACCUGGACCCGGAAGAUGUCUGAGGUCCAUCCAGCCUGUUUAUGCAUAUGCCGCUCGCUCGAGGCUGUAGAGCGGCUCUGAGCUCGAUUUGCACACGUUCGAAGAGGCCGAAGCCGAAUAUGUACGUGUAUGAGUCGCACCUUUGCCAGCUCGUCGCGUCCCACUCGUCCGCUUGUCCACGGGCGUCAUCUCGCCGGUACGAGGCCCUGCUAUCUAUCAU